CGCCCCUAUCUUCAGCCGCUUCGUUUUUCUCCAUAUUAUCACUCGCGGCACCAACCGAACCCUCUCUCUAUCCCUCUUCAUUUUCGUUGUUGAUUCUGUGAUUCGCAGAGCAGAGGCACAAGAAUGAGUCGCGGCACAGCAUCUGGGCUGAAGGGCAAGAAGAAGAGUGCGACGUUCACGAUCGACUGCUCCAAACCAGUGGAGGAUAAGAUCAUGGACGUCGCAUCACUAGAAAAGUUCCUCCAGGAGCGAAUCAAGGUCGGCGGCAAGGCCGGCGCUCUCGGUGACUCCGUCAUCGUCACCCGCGAGAAGAGCAAGAUCACCGUUACCUCCGAUAGCAACCUCUCUAAACGGUACCUCAAGUAUCUGACUAAGAAGUACUUGAAGAAGCACAACGUGAGGGAUUGGCUUCGGGUGAUUGCCUCCAACAAAGACCGCAAUGUUUAUGAAUUGCGCUACUUCAACAUUGCUGAGAAUGAAGGGGAAGAGGAAGAAUGAAGAUCUGGCCCCCAUGUUAGUUUAGUUUAUCCAGAGCUCCCUUUAUGUUUUUCAGCUCCCUCCUCUGCCCAUUCAUCAUAGAUGGUUUUGUGACAACACUUGAGCUGUUUUCCCGAAAUUUUGUUUGCUGAUGAUUGGAUUUAUCUGGGUUUCACAAAAUUAAAUCAUAUUUGGUUGAACUAAUAGCAAUAGAAUUUUCUUUCUAGUGGAAAAUUAAUGAAUAUUGUUGAGCUUUACUGGCA